AUGGAUCCUGUGCUCUGGGCUUGGGGCUCCAGUGAAGAAGUCAUGACUCGACUUGCCACGGGAUCUGGCUCGGUUUUGGUGAUUACAAAGUCUUUGAACCGCGAAGCUGUUGUCGCCAACUCGGUCCUCCUUGGGCCUCUGAUGAAGGAACAUGGAGCUGACGAUGGCUCCACCAGCUCCGAUGACUCGGACUCGACCGAGGACGACGAGUCUGAUGAAGAAUCUGAGAAUGAAGGUGAUGGUGGUGUGAGGGAUGCACCAGCUGCAGCAGAUGCUGCAAUGGAAGCAGAUGAUGUUAAAGAUGAUGACGAUGUGGAUUCUGACCUGGAGAAAGCCAUGACAUUGUCGAUGCAAAAGCUGCCGCCCCCGCCCCUCGAACUUCCUAUUGAGCCUCGGGUCCUGAAUCUUGCUGGUGCCGCAGCCUCUUCCGAGACUUCUGCAACGGAGAUCGUGACACCUUCGCCCAAGACUCGCGAGCUGCACGCAUUAGGUCAUGAGCCCGAGUCGCCGAAAUCGCCACAAUCCCUUUACAAGUCCUGGGGCUUACACUACACGGUCAAGGACACGAAGCUUGGGUACCUGUGUUUGAAUUGCAAUCGCAGUCAUAUGGACAUUGGUGUGUUCAAGCUAGAGAACUGUCCUGCCGGCCCUACGUGGAAGAAAGCCAAGCCUGAACCCACCUCUGCACCUCCACCUUUGAAGCUUGAAGCUGCAAAGCCCUGUAUCACAGCUGACGCAGAGAUUGCAGCUGCAUUGCAAUUGGAGCAAGCAGAGCUGGAGAGGCUCAACACGCUUCAGACACUCAUGGUGGAGCAACAGCAUUUGGAAGGCCUUCUUGCCCAGAUGCAGGGCAUGGAUGCUGUGGACACGUGCCCUAUGGAUAUUAUGGGUCUUGACUUUGCCCUUCCAGAGCCGCUGGUAUGUGCAACAAAGGGCUCUGAUGAAAGCGAGUCAAGACUGAUUGAGAGAAAGGCAGAGAUUUCAGCGGCUGAUGUUGCGGCUGCAUUGACCUGUGACCCUCUCGUGUCCGAGCCUGCUGCACCCGGGACCAUGCUGUUGGAAGACUGCCCCAUGGACCCUUCCAACAUGGAGUUCAUCUCUCCCGAGCAGCAGUCGGCAGGUCUCAGAGCAUUGCCGGAUGCUGAGGUUGAGGCUGAGGACCGGGAUACGCUUAUGGAGCCUGGUGACAAUGAGUCAGGGCCUGACGACGCCACGGAGUACUAUGAUCCGGAUGCAAGAGCAAGCUCCGACUGCCCGCCCGGUGGCAAGAGAUCUGCUAAGAAGAAUAACAAGGGGAAAAGUGUUGCAUAUCACCAUGCCCGCAAAGCAGCCCUUGAAGAGGGAAAGACCGAGGAGGAGGCUAAGCUGAUUGCCCAG